AUGAGAUCAAAUUCGAUCACGAAUAUAGAAGAAGAUGAACUGGAAUAUGAGUUUGCACGGACUCUUGAUGGUGAAACACCACCACCUUUGAUACCAUCAAAACGUUUUACAUUGGCUUUACUUGUCUUUUUUGCUUUUAUUGUUCAAUAUUCUCAACGUGUAAAUUUACCAAUUGCAAUUGUAUGCAUGGUUAAUCGUACAAAAUCUCAUGAAUAUCAAUUAUCAUUCAACAGCACAACAACAACAACAAUAAAACCUCUUGUAACAGCUUUACAAAAAAGAGGAUUUCUUCAAGAAAAACAAUUCAACUGGAUGGAAUUACAACAACAAAUUCUUUUAGGAGGUUAUUGGGCUGGUUAUAUAUUUACACAAGUACCAGGUGGAUGGUUAGCAACAACUAUAGGUGCAAAAUGGGUUUUUGCUGGUUCACUAUUUACUAGUUCAAUUGCUAGUUUUGCAUCAACAAUGAUGUAUACGAUGUCAAGUACACAUUUUAUUUCAAUGUUUCUUCUUCGUUUUAUUGUUGGUCUUGCUCAUGGUGUUCUUUUUCCAGCUACAAUAGCACUUUGGUCACUUUGGGCUGUACCACAAGAACGAAGUACUCUUGCAUCCAUUGGAUUUUGUGGUACUCAUCUUGGAACAUCAUUAACAAUGCUUCUUGGUGGACUUUUCUGUCGUCAUUUAUAUUCAGGUUGGAUGUAUAUAUUUUGUUUAACAGGUAUUUUGGGUUUUAUUUGGUUAAUAUUAUGGAUAUCAUUAACAUCGGAUUCUCCAAAUAAUCAUAAAACCAUUAGUGAUCAUGAACGUGACUAUAUAUGUAAUUUAACCGGUAGUACUGGUAAAAAACGUUCAAUGACAUUAGCAUCAAUACCAUGGAAAAAUAUAUUUACAUCAAAACCAUUAAUUGCAUUAUUUAUAACACAUAUUGCAAAUUUAUUUGGUUUAUUUUUCUUUUUAACAAA